ACUCUGUCUAGCUUUGGUUCUCUUGUUGAUCAGAGCUGCGCUGUGGCGCUGCAUUGCGGCUUGCCAUUAAGACGCAUUGUGCGCAUUAUCCAGGAGCAGUAGGUAAAGAGCAUUUCAGCAAUACACGCUCUCUUUUCUUUGAUUGGUUCAAAAUUAACGGGUGCAAAAGCUAGCUGGGAGCUGGCUCCAUCCUCCUCCAGGUUGCUUUCAGAGCACUAAGCGACCAGACCUCAAUUACAUUUGCUUCUUCAAGAUUGGCGCCAGCAAUGUCUUCCGCUAGAGUACAUUCUGGCGCUGGAAAAUGCAUAUCAGCCAACUCGCAUGGCAGCAACAGAUGUCGUCACCAUGAGGGCGUGAUGACCAAUUGUCAAAGGAAUGUUACCUCUGCUUUCAGGAGCGCAAUGUUACCACCGGUCGCCAAUUGGCAUGUCUUUUUGUCGUCCUUGCAUUUGAAAUCAGAUGCAUUGAAACAGCAAAGGCUUGCGGCUACAAGGCCUUCUAUCCAGGCAGCUGUCACUACUUAUGAUGAAUGCAUUAUGGCAUGCGAUGUCGGAACUGGCGGGACAAAAGUGGCGAUCAUUAAUCAAGUCGGACUCGUCAUAGCAAGCGGUUUUUCUGCUCAUGCAAGGACCACACAGAGUCAGAAAGAUGGGGUGACAUUCAUGGAGCAGGAAACCGAGGAAUGGUGGCUGGCAACCCAAAAGGCCUCUCAGAGCUGCUUAUCACAGAUGAAAGAUCUGGGAGAUCAGGAAAUUGAUGUUUCAUGUGUCAAAGCUGUGGCCGUAACCGGACAAAUGCAAGACAUCAUCCCCCUACCGAAGGAUCCCACUCAUGAGGCAGCCCCUGCUAUACUCUACUCGGAUACCCGGGCGCACCUGGAAGCAAACAAGGUCAACGAGCUGUGUGGGGGCCGUGACCAACUUGCGACCAUGACAGGGUCGGCGCAGGGCGCUGCAAGCGUCCUGGCGAAGCUGAUGUGGCUGGACCGUCACGCGGCCACCUACUCCGAAAACAGCCAGACGCUGCUUUUGGGCGGGCAUGACUACGUGGUCCAUCGGAUGAGCGGAGCCCUUGUAACAGAUGCAACCACGGCGUCUACAACGGGCCUCACUCUCAUUGCAUCCCCGGGAGAUUAUGCAUCAGGCGUGCUCGAGACGCUGGGCCUGUCGAGAUGGCUGGAGAAGCUGCCUUUGAUACAUGCUGUAGACAAGCCUUGCGGCGAGCUACUUCCUGAGGCAGCGGAGGCCCUGGGAGCCGCGGAGCUGGCGGGCAUUCCCGUCUUCCACAGCUGCGGCGACGCAGGGGCUAGCACGAUAGGGUGCGGAGCUGGUCGUCCUGGGGUGCAGUACAUCUACCUGGGCUCCUCCGGAUGGGUGGCCGGUUCCUUCCCUCGAGGCGCCGACCCGCCAGGCAGCAGUGGCCGGUUACACACGCCCGGGGUGUUCACACUGGCGCACCCGGACCCGGGGCUGGUGUUCAAAACGGGUUCGAUCAUGACCGCCGGGGGAAACCUGGCCUGGGCUGCGGAGGCGUUUGGAGAUCGGGCUUUGGGGGAUCUCAGCAGAGCGGAGCAGUUUGACCGCGUCAAUCGUUCUGCAAGCCAGGUACCUGCCGGAUCGGGUGGCUUGCUCUACCUACCUUUUCUUAACGGGGAGCGGUGCCCCUUCGACGACGGCGAUGCGCGGGCCGCCUUCGUGGGGCUCUCGGCGUCCACCCAAACCGGCCAUCUGUACCGGGCGGUGAUGGAGGGAACGGCCUUCGCUUUUCGAAGCGCCCGGGAUGCUCUUGCGAAUGACGUCACACCCGGAGAAACCGGUUCGGAAGAGAAGCUACCGUUGAGGCUAGUAGGCGGCGGGGCCAGGUCCUCCGUGUGGCCUUCGAUCAUUGCUAGCAUCUUCGGACAGGACGUCGAAACCAUCCAAGACUCACAGGAGGUCGGUGUCAAAGGCGCGGCUAUUCUGGCGGGUCGAUGGCUAGGGUGGCACGACAGUCUCAACCCAAGCGGUCAUUGGGUAAAAGUUGCGAGACGGUUUACGCCGGAAGCCAGGGAAGUCCAACUGUACGAUAAGUUGUUUACGUCGUAUACGAAGCUGUACCCUGCCCUCAAAAGUACCAGGAACUGGCUGCCUUGCGGUAAGGGUUCCUGUUAGAUAAUCAACAUCAAUCAGCGCAAUAUUGUCGAGUCAAGGUGUGUAAACACGAGCAAGCGACCUUCCAAGAUUCGUGUAUAUGAUAGCUUAGUGCACGCAGCCCAGGUCCGUAAGAAACCCGGAGACGUCCCACGUGGGCCGGCUUAAGCACACAACACUGUUAACAUUCUCGUAGGUGCCACUGUCGACAAUAAAGACUGGCACUGUUUCCUUGGAAGCUCUCACUUUGCUUACGAAGUUCGCAAAAUCGACGAUUUUGACUGUAAGCAAAGAAAAGCAAGUCAUCCAGGAUCGUACCCACAGAUCGAAUUUGGCCGGGACCGAUUCGGCAUAUCCGUCAGCGCA